AUGUCGAACUUGUCUAGCCAGCCAUCAAAGAAGGGAAUGCGUGCACCGGGGUCUGGUGGUUCCUCCGGUAGUUCUCAGGGAAACCGGGGUUCCAGUGGCCAAACGGUGAAAUUUGCACGGAGAACUUCAAGCGGUAGGUACGUAAGUCUCUCCAGAGAAGACCUGGAUAUGUCAGGAGAAAUUUCGGGUGAUUACAUGAAUUAUACUGUUCACAUUCCUCCUACGCCUGAUAAUCAGCCAAUGGACACUUCUGUGGCUGCAAAAGCAGAAGAACAAUAUGUAUCCAAUUCUCUCUUCACUGGUGGAUUCAACAGCGUCACGCGUGCUCAUCUCAUGGAUAAGGUGAUUGAAUCGGAGGUGAGUCAUCCACAGAUGGCCGGUUCCAAAGGCUCGUCCUGUGCCAUGCCGGCUUGUGAUGGCAAGAUUAUGAAGGAUGAAAGGGGUAAAGACGUUAUUCCUUGUGAAUGCAGGUUUAAAAUCUGCAGAGAUUGCUACAUGGACGCCCAAAAAGAUACUGGUCUCUGUCCUGGAUGCAAGGAGCCAUAUAGAGUUGGUGAUUUUGAUGAUGAUGUACCGAAUUUUUCCGGUGGCGCUCUAUCGCUUCCCGCCCCCGAUGAUUCGAAAGGAGACCGGCGUAUGUCUAUGAUGAAGAGGAAUCAAAAUGGAGAAUUUGAUCAUAAUAAGUGGCUAUUUGAGACUCAGGGUACAUAUGGAUAUGGCAAUGCCUAUUGGCCUCAAGAUGACAUGUAUGGAGAUGACGGGGAUGGAGUGCAUAAGGGCAUGCCGGAUUCAUCAGAUAAACCAUGGAGACCCCUCAGCCGAAUAGUACCUAUCCCAAAUAGCAUCAUCAGCCCUUACAGGCUGCUUAUUGUUGUCCGACUAGUUGUACUUGCCUUCUUCUUGACAUGGAGACUGAAACAUCCGAACGACGAAGCUAUAUGGCUGUGGUUGAUGUCAGUUGUAUGUGAAUUAUGGUUCGCCUUUUCUUGGAUUCUUGAUCAGGUUCCUAAGAUCAACCCAGUCAGUCGUGUUACAGAUUUAGAGGUUUUGCGCGAUAAAUUUGAUAUGCCAUCAUCUUCCAAUCCGAGUGGAGCCUCUGACCUCCCAGGAAUGGACUUUUUUGUGUCCACUGCUGAUCCUGAGAAGGAACCUCCACUGGUCACUGCCAACACUAUUCUGUCAAUCUUAGCCGUAGACUAUCCCGUAGAGAAACUUGCUUGUUACGUUUCUGACGACGGUGGAGCGCUUCUCACUUUUGAGGCCAUGGCGGAGGCUGCAAGUUUUGCUGAUUUGUGGGUUCCUUUCUGCAGGAAACAUGAUAUAGAACCCAGAAAUCCUGAAACCUACUUCACUCUGAAAGGUGAUCCGACCAAGAACAAGAAGAGGGCUGAUUUUGUGAAAGAUAGGCGGAGAGUUAAGAGGGAAUAUGAUGAAUUUAAGGUGAGGAUAAAUGGAUUGCCUGAUUCAAUCAGGAGAAGAUCGGAUGCAUUCAAUGCCAGGGAGGAGAUGAAAAUGCUAAAGCACAUGAGAGAGGGUGGGGAUGAUCCCAUGGAGCCAAUCAAGGUUCAAAAGGCUACAUGGAUGGCCGAUGGUACCCACUGGCCCGGAACUUGGGGUGUCCCUACUAGGGAACACGCCAAAGGUGAUCAUGCCGGCAUUCUGCAGGUAAUGUUGAAGCCCCCAAGCAGUGACCCACUAAUCGGAGGAUCAGAGGACAAGCUUCUUGACUUCUCAGAUGUAGACAUACGUCUGCCUAUGUUUGUGUACGUGUCGCGUGAGAAGCGUCCAGGAUAUGAUCAUAAUAAGAAAGCUGGUGCAAUGAAUGCACUUGUCCGGGCAUCAGCUGUACUCUCUAAUGGUGCAUUUAUACUCAAUCUUGAUUGUGAUCACUAUAUUUACAAUUGCAAGGCUCCCCGUGAAGGGAUGUGCUUUAUGAUGGAUAGAGGUGGCGAAGACAUAUGCUAUAUCCAGUUUCCCCAAAGAUUUGAAGGCAUCGAUCCAUCUGAUCGUUAUGCCAAUCACAACACCGUAUUUUUUGAUGGAAAUAUGCGUGCACUUGAUGGAAUCCAGGGUCCAGUUUAUGUGGGGACAGGAUGCAUGUUCCGUCGAUUUGCCCUUUAUGGGUUUGAUCCCCCUAAAAGUGAUAAUACCUCAAAGGGUGCAGAGACACAAGCUUUGAGAGCCACGGAUUUUGAUCCUGAUCUUGAUGUCAAUUUAUUACCUAAGCUUUUUGGAAAUUCCACAAUGCUAGCUGAGUCUAUACCUAUUGCUGAAUUCCAAGGCCGUCCGGUUGCUGAUCAUCCCGCUGUUAAGUAUGGACGACCUCCUGGCAUUCUCAGGGUCCCCAGAGAACCACUUGAUGCAACUACAGUUGCUGAAGCUGUCUCUGUCAUUUCUUGUUGGUACGAGGACAAAACUGAAUGGGGUGAUCGUGUAGGUUGGAUUUACGGUUCAGUCACUGAAGAUGUCGUGACAGGGUAUCGUAUGCAUAACCGCGGAUGGCGCUCUGUCUACUGCAUCACCAAGCGUGAUGCCUUCCGAGGAUCAGCUCCAAUCAAUCUCACUGAUAGGCUCCAUCAGGUGCUCAGAUGGGCAACGGGCUCUGUAGAGAUUUUCUUCUCUAGAAACAAUGCUUUGCUUGGGACCAAAAAACUCAAAUUCCUCCAGCGCUUGGCUUACCUCAAUGUUGGUGUAUAUCCUUUCACCUCCUUAUUCCUAAUUGUCUACUGCUUCCUCCCUGCACUAUCACUCUUAUCGGGCCACUUUAUCGUGAAAAACCUCAAUAUUGUUUUCCUCAUCUACCUCUUGACUAUAUCGAUUUGCCUCAUCGCAUUGGCUAUCUUGGAAGUGAAAUGGUCCAGCGUGGGACUGGAAGAAUGGUGGAGGAAUGAACAGUUUUGGCUCAUUUCUGGAACCAGUGCCCACUUCGCUGCUGUCGUACAAGGCCUUCUCAAAGUUAUUGCGGGAAUCGAGAUUUCUUUCACACUUACUUCUAAAUCUGCAGGAGAUGACAAUGAUGAUAUUUAUGCAGAUCUCUACUUAGUGAAAUGGACUUCUUUGAUGAUCCCACCAAUUGUUAUAGGGAUGAUUAACAUUAUUGCAAUGGUAGUUGCAUUCUCAAGGACAAUUUACAGUUCAGUUCCUCAAUGGAGCAAGUUCAUUGGUGGAGCAUUCUUCAGUUUCUGGGUGUUGGCUCAUUUGUAUCCUUUUGCCAAAGGGCUCAUGGGAAGAAGAGGAAAGACACCAACAAUUGUCUUUGUAUGGUCUGGUCUUAUUGCUAUUACACUCUCAUUACUUUGGGUGGCUAUUAGUCCACCUAAAGGUACUACACAAGCUUCAGAUGCUACAGGAGGAGGUUUUCAGUUCCCAUAA